AUGAGUGCUGACGGCACUUCAAAGGGAGUGCAUAUUUUACUAACAGGCUUCGGCCCUUUCAGCGGCGUUGAGGAAAACCCUACGCAAGCUGUAGCCGAGGCUUUGGAAAAUGCCGAAGACAAACAUAUAGGCACGUGUAGCGACUAUGAAGUCUUCAGCUCAGCUGUGGAGGUCUCGGUUGAGGAGUGUGGGCGAGUAUCGAUGGCAAUGAGUAAAAAGGCUGAGGAACUAUCCAAGGCUACAAAUGUCCUUCUACUGCACAUGGGCGUUGAUGCCCAAUGUGAUCACUUGAAACUAGAACGUACGGCCCAUAACGUGGCCACCUUUCGAGUGCCAGAUGUGCGGGGUGCUCAGCUCAGUGGGCGUGAGAUCUUGCCGGGCCAACCCGAGAAGCUGCAAACCUCAGCUGAACCUUCGCGUCGAGCGGGCCGGAGGCAGUUAUUUCCAGACGAGUUCACUCUUAAGACUGCUGCUAAUUCAGCUGCGUUCGCAGCUUAUGACCACAACACCGAUCAUUAG